GCAUACAGGCAAAUACACAGUUCUUGGAUCUCUUGCGACUACAACACAGAGUGAACACAGUCUGUCCUCAAAAAACUGCUCUUUAUUUGGAGCGCGGGAGGCGGAGGAGCGCACAGUCCCAAAAUGUUGGGGAAGAUGUAGCUUGACAAUAGGUCGACAAUGAAAAGGCUUCCUCGAAAGCUGACUUUAGCGCUUGCAGCGUUGUUCUGGAUUGCUGCUCUACUGUAUGUUAUUCUGUUGAACAGUCGGAAAAUACCUGACCAAAGACAUGAAGACACUCAAGAACGCGAGAUCUCUGAGGCGGAAUGGGAUGACCUCCUGGAGGACUUUGAGGAGAAAAACUACCUCAGUGCUCACAGAUGGAAGCCGGGUCAAGAUCCCUAUGAACUGUAUGCCUUCAAUCAGAGAGAGAGUGAAAGGAUCCCCAGCAACAGAGCCCUCAGAGACACACGGCACCACAGGUGUACCACAUUACAUUAUGACACAGACCUGCCACCCACAUCUAUCAUCAUCACUUUUCAUAAUGAAGCCCGCUCCACUCUGCUGAGAACCAUACGAAGCGUGUUGAAUCGGACCCCGGUUCGUCUCAUUCACGAGAUCAUUCUGGUGGAUGACUUCAGUGAUGAUCCCAAUGACUGCCUUCUUCUUACCAUGUUGCCCAAAGUAAAGUGUCUACGAAAUGGCCGGAGAGAAGGACUGAUUCGCUCCAGAGUUCAUGGGGCAGAUGCUGCUGGAGCCAAGGUUAUGACCUUUUUGGACAGUCACUGUGAGGUCAACAAAGACUGGCUGCCUCCACUGCUGCAGAGAAUUAAGGAGGACCCAACCUGUGUGGCCAGUCCAGUGAUUGACAUCAUUAACAUGGACUCUUUUGCCUAUGUGGCUGCGUCUUCAGACCUGCGUGGAGGCUUUGACUGGAGCCUGCAUUUCAAGUGGGAGCAGCUGUCUGCUGAGAAGCGAGCGCAGAGAGCCGACCCCACAGAGCCCAUUAAGACACCCAUUAUAGCAGGGGGGCUCUUUGUGAUUGACAAGACCUGGUUCAACCACCUGGGGAAAUAUGACACAGCCAUGGACAUCUGGGGAGGGGAGAACUUUGAGAUUUCCUUCAGAGUGUGGAUGUGUGGAGGAAGCCUGGAGAUUAUUCCCUGUAGCAGGGUUGGCCAUGUGUUCCGGAAAAGACACCCCUACGUCUUCCCAGACGGUAACGCCAACACGUACAUCAAGAAUACCAGGCGCACGGCAGAGGUUUGGAUGGAUGAGUUCAAACUCUUCUAUUACUCAGCUCGGCCUGCAGCCCGGGGCAAGUCUUAUGGCGACAUUCGCGACAGACAAGAGCUUCGCAAACGUCUCAAGUGCAAAUCUUUCAAGUGGUAUCUGGACAACGUUUACCCAGAGCUCAAAGUUCCCGAUGAUUCAGAUGCAAGGUCUGGGGUGAUUCGACAGAGGCAAAAUUGUCUGGAGUCUCGCAAGUUAGAGGAACAAGAUCUUCCAGUCCUCACAUUAGCGCCUUGUGCCGGCACAAAGGAGGUGCCAGCAUUCAGCCAGGAGUGGAUUUACACUCAUGGCCAGCAGAUCCGCCAGCAGCAGUUCUGCCUUUCUGUUUCCAGCACCUUCCCAGCCUCCCAAGUCCUGCUCCUGCCGUGCAACAUCAGUGAUGGCAAACAGCGCUGGCAGAAAUCUGGGACUCACCUGGAACACAUGGUGUCUCGUUUUUGCCUGGACAGUGAGAUGGCUGUAGACGGUAUAGACAGCAGUAAGAUCCUGGUCAUCAGUCCAUGUGAGCAGACAGCCCACACCCAGAGAUGGGACCUGCCUUUCUCAUGACACUGCCCUUCUGUGCUGGGCUGUGGAGGGAGAGGCUGCAGUCUGCCUCUUCAGGAGAGAGAGGUUACCAAACUGCUGCCAAUCAGCCACACCCAUACCCCUGCUCUCUCUGCCUCUGUCUCUGCAGCUCACACUGGGGAAUCCUGGACUGUCAGUCAUGACGAGGCUCUUCAGAACAGGGCUGGGCAGCUGGGCACACACAAACCUACAGUUCGCGCACACACGUGCACACACACACACACACACACACACACACGCACACACACACACACACACACACACUGCACCAGACCUACAGGACAAACACACUAUCAAAUGGAUAGAUGGACACUGGAAUGUGAUGCACGAUGAAUGUUUUGUAAUCUUGCUCCAAUCUCACUGCCCCUAUGUGUUGAACUUGUCAAGCUUGCACAAUUAAUAAAGAACCUAUUUUUCCUA